UUUCUUCCUCUUCUUCCAGGCCCUCUUGACCUUUGAGGAGGUGGCUGUGUUUUUCACGGAGGAGGAGUGGGCUCUGCUGGAUCCCGGCCAAAGAGCUCUGCACAAGGAAGUCAUGGAGGAGAAUUAUGAGAUGGUGGCCUCUCUAGAAUCAGACCUCCGUUCCUGUUGGGAAGAAGAACACAAUCCAUUUCUCCAGGAUCUCAAAGAAGGGGAGACCUCCGCAGGUAAUGGGCAAAACACGGAGAAUAAUAGGGAGCCAUCCAUUGUGUCAUCAGAAAAUGUAGAGCAAGAAGCAUGGAAAGAGACUUCUGUAGAUCAAGGAGCACCCCAAAAGCAUGUAGGAAACAUGUUGAAGAGUGGGGGAAUGAAAUCCUCAGCUACUGAGGACAUCGAUGUCCAUGAAGAUCACACAGGAAACACUGGGAAAGCAUGUCCAGAACGCAGCAAACUAUAUAGUCACCCAACUCAAUUUAAUGGAUGUUACAACAUCCACACAGGAGAGAAUCCACUGAAAUGUUUGAAGUGUGGAAAGAGCUUCAGCCAUAGUAAAACUCUUACUCAACAUCAAAGAACUCACACAGGGGAGAAACCGUUUAAAUGCCUAGAGUGUGGAAAGAGCUUCAGUCGCAGUGGAACUCUAACUCAGCAUCAAACAACGCACACAGGGGAGAAGCCAUUUAAAUGCAGAGAGUGUGGAAAGAGCUUCAGUAGCAUUAGUAACCUUACUAAGCAUCUAAAAACCCACACAGGGAAGAAGCCAUAUAAAUGCAAGGAGUGUGGAAAGAGCUUCACCCAUAGGAAUACCCUUACUUUACAUCAAAGAACCCACACAGGGGAGAAACCGUUCAACUGCAUUGAGUGUGGAAAGAACUUCACUCAUAAGAAUACCCUUACUUUACAUCAAAGAACCCAUACAGGGGAGAAACCAUUUAAAUGUAUGGUGUGUGGAAAGAGUUUCAGACAUGGUGGAAGCCUUAAUUUACAUUACACUACGCACACAGUGGAGAAACCAUUUAAAUGCAAGGAGUGUGGAAAGUGCUUUAGUUGGAGAGGUUACCUUUAUUCACAUCGAAGAACCCAUACAGGAGAGAAACCAUUUAAAUGUAUGGAGUGCGGAAAGAGCUUUACCCAGAGUGGAAACCUUACUGCACAUCAAAGAAUCCACACCGGGGAGAAACCAUUUAAAUGUAUGGAGUGCGGAAAGAGGUUUCGUGGGAGAGGUGACCUUACUCAGCAUCAAAGAACGCACACCGGGGAGAAACCAUUUAAAUGUAUGGAGUGCGGAAAGAGUUUCAGUAGCAGUGGGUAUCUUAAUGUACAUCAAAGUACACACACAGGGGACAAACCAUAUGUGUGCAUAGAGUGUGGAAAGAGUUUCAGUACAAGUGGAAACCUUAGAUUCCAUCAACAAACCCACACAGGGGAGAAACCAUUUAAAUGCAUGCAGUGUGGAAAGGGUUUCAGUCAGAGCGGAAGACUUAUUGCACAUCAAAUCACCCACACAGGGGAGAAACCAUUUAAAUGUAUGGAGUGUGGAAAGAGCUUUAGCCAGAGAGGAAGCCUUAUCGCACAUCAAAGAAGCCAUACUGGGGAGAAGCCAUUUAAAUGUAUGGAGUGUGGAAAGGGAUUUAGCCAGAAGGGAAGACUUACUGCACAUCAAAUAACCCACACAGGGGAGAAACCAUUUAAAUGUAUGGAGUGUGGAAAGAGUUUUAGUCAGAGUGGAAACCUUGCUUCACAUCAGAUAACCCACACAGGAGCAAAACCUCACAGAUGUAUGGUGUGUGGAAAGAGUUUCGGUUCAAGGCGUAACCUUGCUGUGCAUGACAGAACCCAUACCAGUGAGAAACUACUGAAAUGUAUGGCGUGUGGAAUGACCUUUAGCCAGAGCAGAAGCCUUACUGCACAUCAAAGAACCCACACGGGGAAGAAACCAUUUAAAUGUAUGGAGUGUGGAAAGAGCUUUAGUCGCAAUUACUAUCUUACUUUACAUCAAAGAACCCAUAGAGGAGAGACACCAUAUGAAUGCAUGGAGUGUGAAAAGAGCUUCUGUGAUAAGGGAAGCCUGAAAUCACAUCAAAGAAUCCACACUGGGGAGAAACCAUUUCAAUGCAUGGAAUGUGGCAAGAGAUUCCCUAGGAGUAGUGCCCUUACUGUGCAUCAAAGAAUCCACACAGGGGAGAAACCAUUUCAAUGCAGAGAGUGUGGAAAGAGCUUCCGUAGGACUAGUGACCUUACUGUGCAUCAAAGAACCCAUACAGGGGAGACAGCCUAUAAAUGCAUGGAGUGUGGAAAGAACUUCUGUGAUAGGGGAAGCCUCAAAUCACAUCAAAGAAUCCACACAGGGGAGAAACCAUUUAAAUGCAUGGAGUGUGGGAAGAACUUUCGUAGGACUUGUGACCUUACUGUGCAUCGGAGAAUGCACACAGGGGAGAAACCCUUUAAGUGCAUGGAGUGCGGAAAGACCUUUAGUCAGGGAAAUAGACUUACUUUACAUCAAAGAAUCCACACAGGAGAGAAACCCUUUAAAUGCAUGGAAUGUGGAAAGAACUUCAGACAGAGAAGUAAACUCACUUUACAUCAAAGAAUACACAAAGGGGAGAAACCAUUUAAGUGCAUGGAGUGUGGGAAAUGCUUCACUCAGAGGAGUAAACUUACUUUACAUCAGAAAAUCCACACAGGAGAAAAACCAUUUACAUGUAUGGAGUGUGGGAAAUGCUUCAGUCAGAAGAGUAAUCUUACUUUACAUCAAAGAACCCACAGCGGGGAGAAACCGUUUAAAUGUAUGGAGUGUGGAAAGGGCUUCAGUCAAGGGAGUAAUCUUACUUUACAUCAAAGAACCCACAGCGGGGAGAAACCUUUUAAAUGUAUGGAGUGUGGAAAGGGCUUCAGUCAAAGGAGUAAUCUUACUUUACAUAAAAGAACCCACACAGUGGAGAAAUCACAUUAAUGUAUGGAGUAUUGAAAGAGGUUCAGUUGUUCUUACCCUCUUAUUUUACAUCAAAGAAUCCACACUGGGGAGCCAUAUUUAGACAUGGAGUAUGGGAAGAACUUCAGCUGGGAGAGGUGACCUUAUUAAGCAUUAAAGAACCCACACAGGGUAGAAGCCAUUUAAAUGCAUGGUGUGUGGAAAGAACCACUCUGAGCCUCAGAUCCCAUCGACCAAUCCACACAGGGGAGAAGCUCUUUAAAUGUAUGGUACAUCAAAAGAGUUUCAGACAUAGUGGAAGCCUUAACUUCUAUCCAAAACCCAAGCUGGGGAGAAAUUCAUGAGUGUGGAAGAAACCAUGAUAUGGGAAGUCUCAAAUCACAACACAAAACCCACACCAUGGAGAAACCCUCUAAGUGAAUGGAAUAGGAAAAGAGCUGCAAUGGGAGCAGGAAACCUUACUGUACAUGGAAGAACCAAGACAGGCAUGAAACUACAGUGUAGAAACAAGAACUUUGGGGCACCUGGACAUGUAUUGUGAUGUAAGUGUUCCAUUGCCUAGAGUCUCCUUCAUCAGAUGCUGCAUAGAGAGCACGCUUUGGUCCAGCUGUGCCGCCAUGGCCCAUAGUGGGAUGGAGGGCUGACAAUAGGCAUGUCCAUUGGCUUUGGUCCACCAGAGGCUACCCUGAAAAAGCUCUCAGAUCAUCGUGAGUUGCCCAAAGAAAAAGCGAAGAUUUUAUUGGGCAAUGAAUUAGUUGUUAUAAGUAAAAAAAAAUUAUUUUCUCCUUUAUUUUCCCCAUUUCAUUUUCCAUUUCAUUGUUUCACAGAUAUUUUAACAAAGAAAUUACAUAAUCAAUUUAAAAUACCGAAUCUUAAUAUCGACCCUCUCCCCUCCCUUUCUGCAGUUACAGUACUUAUAUUAUCUCUUUUACUACUGCAUAUCCAAUUCAAUAGUAAUUUGAUGGGUGGCGCUGUGGGUUAAACCACAGAGCCUAGAGCUUGCCGAUCAGAAGGUCAGUGGUUCGAAUCCCUGCGAUGGGGUGAGCUCCCGUUGCUCGGUCCCAGCUCCUGCCCACCUAGCAGUUCGAAAGCACAUCAAAGUGCUUCUGGCGGGAAGGUAAACGCCGUUUCCGUGUGCUGCUCUGGUUCGCCACAUGACCUGGAAGCUGUACGCCGGCUCCCUCGGCCAAUAGAGCAAGAUAAGCGCCGCAACCCCAGAGUCGGUCACAACUGGACCUAAUGGUCAGGAGUCCCUUUACCUUUACCGUUAUCCGAUUCAAACCAUUUUUUCGAACUUUUCAUAUUCUAUUUAACUUGCUCUUGCUGCACAUUUUUAUAUCAGUCCUGGCAAUGAUUUUAAGUUGUUUACAAUGAUCCUUCAAAUAGUCCAUAAAUUCUAUACUAAAGCAUCUUUCUUACUGAUUUCUUAUUCUUCCAGUAAGUUUCUGCAUACUCCCAUCAAUUUUUGUUGCCAAUCCUCUGGGGUCGGAACUGCUUAUUCUUUCCAUCACUGGGCAUAUAUCAUUUGAGCAGCUGUAGUAGCAUACAUAAACAAUUUUUUCUGUUCUUUGGGUACCACUAAACCAGGUAUUCCUACUAGAAAAGCUUCUGGUUUUUUUUAAAAUAAAAGUUAUCUUUGACAGUUUUUCCAGCUCAUUAUAAAUCAUUUCCUUUCAUUUAUUCCGAAGUGUGGUUCAGACUUAAGUAUUUUAUUAAUUUUGUAUCUUGCGCUUUCCUUGACGUUUAUCCUGGAGACCAGUUUGACCUUGGGCCUAACCUGCCUCCAAGACCAGAGGAGCUUGUUCCCUGGGAUUAACCUCUCUGUUGGCAGCUUCUGUUAAAUUAAGACGUCGCUCUGGGAAUAUAGAAGCAUUAGAUUACAGGAGGGGUGGAAUUUAGCUGGGC